AUGCCUCGUUUCAAGACCGCGUUCAAUGGAUACUCGGCUCGCUUCAGUCCGUUUGUGGAGAACCGACUGGCUGUCGCCACAGCACAGAACUUCGGCAUCAUUGGCAACGGCCGUUUGCACGUCCUCGAGCUCUCCCCAGGAGGCGGGUUGGUGGAAGUGAUGGCGUACGACACGGCAGACGGGCUGUACGACUGCUGCUGGAGUGAGGCAAAUGAGAAUCUUCUUGUGUCCGCCAGUGGUGAUGGCAGUGUCAAGUUGGAACAGCCUACCAUGAUAGCAUCAAUUUUGUCCCUUUUAGAGCCGCAGCAGGAGCUGUCGUAG